AUGGCGUCUAGGGUUCGGCCAGCAUUAUCUGACAACGAAUUGGUGGACAUCUUCAUGGGUACGCUACAAGGGUUGUAUUUUGAAAAGAUGAUUGGCAGUUCAUCGACAAAUUUUGAUGACAUGAUAACCAUUGGGGAACGUGUUGAGAGUGGGCUGAAAUCAGGGAAAAUCACAGACACGACUGCACAACAGACAACCAACAAGAGACUGCAUGGGGGCUUCGCUAAUAAGAAGAAGGGGAAAGCAAACGCUGUAACAGCGAGGGCUCGCCCCCGAUAUCAAUUUCCGACAGCCCAUAUGCCAUAUUACCCAUAUCCGUACGUCGCCGCAGCUCAAUACCAGCAACCGCCUUUCCAAGUUAGUACCGUAUCUGAUCCAUGUGGGAGCUAUUGUACCAAGAGAAUUUCGGCAGUUUCUCCCCCUUUCAAUCGCCGUCACAAUCCUAAUGCCACAUGCGCUUACCACACAGGGUAUAUAGAACAUUCCACCAAAGACUGUUGGACCCUCAAAAAGAGGAUCCAAGAGUUAAUUGACCAAGAGAUUUUGUCAUUUUCCGAAGAAAAACCGAACGUGAAGACAAAUUCUUUGCCAAAUCAUGACGGUGCGACAGUCCACACCGUGAUUAAAGAGGAAAGUACCAAAGUUGUACUGAGGGUUGAAGAAGUAAAGAUUCUGAUGUCCAUUGUAUUGCAGAGGCUUGAACAGUUUGGGUUUCUAGAAGGAGUACAUGAUGAUUGCACAGUAUGCGAGUUCGAUCCAGAUAAUUGCGAACAAUUGAAAGGGUGUGUGCAAGGGCUGAUGGAUCAAGGGUUAACACAUUUCUCCAAAUCUCAAGCAGCAGAAGAGGUGGCAGUAAUCAAACCAAUAACCAUAGUAUACAGGAAAAAUAAAGUUGAAGCUCCCCCUAGGAGGAUUCAGCCGAUUCAUUUAUGUGUUCCAAUUCCAUUUUCGUAUCAGAAUACUAAGGCAAUGCCUUGGAAUUAUGAGACCACAGCGUAUUUGGGAGGAAAAGAAAUUUGUAUUCCUGACACAUAA